CUGCCGUUGUUCAAUUUUGAAGCAGAUGUGGUGAUCGGAGACACUGAGGAAGAAUCUAAGCUGGACUAUUACAUCAACGAGUUUAGCCGAGCUGAAUUCAGGAGGGGCUCUUGCUUCUCACUUGAAAGGAAUGAUCAAUUUAGGGUAGAGUUUUGGUUUGGCCAGGUUUGAGGAUUGUGCGUUAGGAGAGAGAGUGUCCCAAAAACGGACUUCUCAGGUUGAAGUGUUUGGGAAUUUUAUAAGAAAGGUUUGGUGACGUGAAGCAGAGCUCUAGGUCGCGUUUCGGAACUUGUGAGUCUUGACAGGGGGGUUGGAGGAGGAGAAGAACCUGGGCGUGCAAACGGGAUUCCAAAUGCAAGGGCGGAUUGUCCGCGGGAGAAGGAAGUUUUGAGUUAGAAUUUUCGCCAUUGAAUCUGAGGACUGCAUUGGAGUCGUAGAAGUAGCAAUCGUGAAGGGUUAGAGAAUUCUUUUACACGUAUAAUUAUUUUUGUUCCUUGGCAGGCAACGCUGAUAUUGAGUGAUUUUGGGGCCUCGCUGACCCUUGGAAUGGUGGAAAAAGUGCGGUCACAGACUCUCAAUGCUAAGAGAGGAGGGAACUUGUUGGCGCCAGUGAAGACCUCCGCCUCGAUUCAGAAGAAGUCGACGUCGUCGUCGUCGUCGUCGUCGUCGUCGACGUCGUUGUUGAAUGUCCCCAAGGAUUCUACCUGCGAUGCUAGAUCCUCACCUCUGAAUGCCAAGGUGUACAAAGGGGUGCGCAUGCGAACAUGGGGCAAAUGGGUUUCGGAGAUCAGGGAACCCAACAAGAGGUCACGUAUCUGGCUGGGCUCCUUCUCCACUGCGGAAAUGGCCGCCAAGGCCUACGACGCAGCGGUGGUGUGCUUGCGAGGCCCGUCAGCGACUCUCAACUUCCCUGAGUCUCCUCCAUCAGAUCUCCCCUUGUGCAGCACGCCCCGCGACGUGCAAGCUGCAGCUGCCGCAGCCGCUGCAGCCUGGGCACCACCUGCUAAAAGUGAGUCACUGUCCACGACUCCGAAGACUCUCAAUUCCGAAGACGAAACCCACUCGCAGCACGCCUCCUCCUGCGAUGACAACAGCAUACAGGGCAACUUGGAGAGCCCCAUCUCCGCAACGCCAAAUCCAACGAGCAUGGCCACGGACAUGGAGAAGUGGAUCAAUGCUGAGUUUGGAUACUUGGAGUCAUUAGACGAGGCUUGCGACUUUCCAGAGCUACUAAUGCAGUUGGGACUAGCGAAUUGUUCACCAUUGGAUUGCACUACACCUCAGAGUUUCUUCGACAAGCACAUUCCGAUUGUGAACUCUCCCUCUAGUGAUAACGAGGAUUCUACUCUCUACGACCCCAAGCUAUGGUGCUUCAACUGAUUACGGAUCACCGCAACUGCAGCAAAACGUACGAACUUCGGUACAACUAGUGCUCAUAUCCACUCAAGAGCAAAAAGCAUCCAUCAAACGGAACAUCAUUGACUGAAAAAGCUGAACGAAUUUCGCAGCUUACAGCACAAGCAGAGAUGAUCGAGCUGCUUCAUGUAUAGACCUUGGAGUGGCAGUGAAUUUCCAGCGGCAAGGAGCACAUUGCUCCAUUGUUAGUUUGUGUUAAUUUUUGUAGCAAUAGAACAUUCUUACUUCUGUAAUGCUGGCCUUCUCACAUUCUUACAGCAUGACAAACGCAUCGAAGUUUGACAUAAGAGAUUCCAGGUACCUAUCAACACGGCUCUCAAACUGUCAGUCAGCUGGAAUGGCUAGAUCCCUCUUUUUCAAGCCUUGAGAACAUCGCCACCGUAAGUCACGGUCGAGAGUAGUUAUGAGGUCUGUCUCAAGAAAAACUGAACGUCUGAACUCUAGACUCGGGUAUUCUCUCAAAUGUCGCGAACAACUUCUCCGAAAAGAAAUUUGUACUUGAUUAAGUGCAAUGCACGUAUUACAGAGAUGAGCAUUGAGGACUGAAUCUCACAUAGUUCCACAUACAGAUCAAUUACGAGACAUUCAUGAGAACGAAACAUUCUUAUAAUUCGUCUCACAUUCUCACA